AUGUGGCGGCACGCCGACAACCUCGCCGGCUACGACCAGCAGGACGCCCACGAGUUCCUCAUCUCGACCCUCAACGGGCUUCACAAGCACAGCGGCGGCUCGACGGCCGCGUCGUGCCGGUGCAUCGUGCAUCAGAUCUUCUCCGGGCGGCUGCGGUCGGACCUCACCUGCCUGCGGUGCGGCUACACGUCGACCGCGAUCGACCCCUUCUUCGACAUCUCGCUCGACCUGCCCAAGGCCCGGUCCGCCCCGCGGCAGGCCGCCGGCUCCCUCCAGCAGCAGCAGACGGUGGGAGACGAUAGCCUCACGCCGCCGCCGCUCACCACCACUGCCAGCGACGCGGCGGCCGCGAUGGAGAUCGAAGAGGAGGACGAGUGCAACCUGCACGCGUGCCUGCGACGCUUCACCCAAGCAGAGCGCCUGGGGUCGGCGGAGGCCUUUCGGUGCCAGGGCUGCAACAACACCUACCAGGACUCCACCAAGCAGCUCUCCAUGCAGUCGCUGCCGCUCGUGCUCUGCUUCCACCUCAAGCGCUUCAAGCAGGAGGGCCUGGCCUCCACGGCCUCGUCGUCCAAGAUCGACACCCACAUCCGCUACCCGUUCGUGCUCGACAUGUCGCCCUACGCGAGCUCCACCAUUGUCUCGCAGCGGCUCGGCCGCGAGCCCCCGUCGGCCCCGCCCGAUCUCUACGAGCUGUUCGCCGUCGUCGACCACAAGGGCAAGAUCGACAACGGCCACUUUGUGUGCUUCGUGCGCCACGAGUCGCGGUGGUUC